CGCAAGCCGACAUGGUGCUGAGCGCUGAUUGGUCAGAACGGAAAAGCGCCGUUAACCAGGCAACUGCCCGACACCGAACACCGACACGCGCAGACACGUUUAUACACACGCUUAUAACGUGAAAAUACAGCUAAUUAACAUCUAACACAUAUUAAUAACAACUUAAGGUUUUCACACGCUUUUUAGUUUGUUCUUUGUUUAUUUUUACGCACAAACCGACUUCCGGGAUUGACGGAAACACACUAUUUCUACAGCUUUCUUUUUUUGUUGUUGAGUUUGUGGGGGGGGAAAAAAACGUCAGUGAAACACGAAACAGUUUAAUCUAUGAAACAAACGCAAUCGUGUCCCCGGGCUCAGCCUUCUCUGUAUCACCCGGACCCCCGUGUCCAUCUUGUAUUUUCGAUGUAAACGCAGCACGCACAUUCGACUCUGCUCCGCGUAUAAUUGUUGUUUAUUUGUUUUGUUUCCGGAAUGACCACAACCAAGCUCAGUUUCACGAUCGAACACGCAUUAUUACACGCACACACACGCGCGUGUCCGACGAUUAGUUUGUAUUCACACCGCGUCACCUGUAUUGUAUAGCAUAGUAUUUGAGCGAACGUCGUGUCGAAUCUGCGCCGCCGAAAAAGCAGACUAGCGCUCCAUAGUGGUGUAUUGUGGGAGAGACCCAGAGAGAGAAAGCCCAGGCUAAAGAGAGAGAGACACACACACAAUAUGUGUUGGCUCGCAAAAAAAGAGGCAGUAUCUUCUCGAAGCAAAAUGUAAUGUAAAAUCAAGCGAACGAGCACACGUAUUGAUUGGAAAACUACUCGAUCGGACACAUUAAAAUGUCCAGACCCGGAGAGAGAAGCAGAGGAGAUGAAGAUCACGGCAAAAGGCAGAGUUCAAGUUUGGCGAACGGCGGCACGGAGAGCAGCUCGGCGGAGAAGCGGAGAGAGCACCACUGGAGAAGUUACAAGUUGAUUAUUGACCCGGCGCUCAAAAAGGGCUCACACAAACUCUACCGAUACGAUGGACAACAUUUCAACAUACCGAAUCCCGGGAUCCCCCCGGUGGACAUGGUCAGGGACCCACGGAUCGGUCGCUUGUGGACCAGGUACAAGGAGACCGACCUGCCCGUGCCCAAGUUUAAGAUUGAUGAAUGCUACAUCGGGCGCGUGCCUCCGAAGGAGGUGACAUUCGCGAGACUCAACGACAACAUCCGGGAAGGCUUCCUCACCGACAUGUGCCAGAAAUACGGCGAGAUCGAGCAGGUGGAGAUUCUGUACAACCCGAAAACCAAGAAGCACCUGGGCAUCGCAAAAGUGGUGUUCGGGACAGUGAAGGCGGCCAAGGACGCGGUGCAGAACCUGCACAACACCUCGGUGAUGGGGAACAUCAUCCACGCAGAGCUCGACCCGAAAGGUGAGAAUCGGCUACGCUAUGUCCAGCGACUGAUAAACGGGACCUUCACACCCCUGACAGUGCCAGUAGGAGAUGAGGAGCCGUGUGAAGUUUCACCACGCAGCCUGGCCGAAGCGCUUCUGUCCUGUGAGCCGCUACGCCGUCUCUCUGAAAGCGGGUCCACUAGCACAAGCACCCCGCUCUCCAUAGACACUGCGUAUUCAAGUCUUCGACAGGACGCUACGCCCCAAUCCCAGACGACUCCCAUCACGCCCCGCCCAUCUGGCACACCCUUCUCUCAGGACUCGGCCUACUCUGGCAGGCAGGCUACGCCCACCUUCCAGCGCUCCCGUAGGCACGAGACUAAAUUCCAAGACGCAUACAACCGCCGUCCGGAGAGACAUUAUGUCCAUGGGGGUUACCGUGGCAAUGCAGAAAAGCCAAACCCGCCGCCUGAAGCACCACCUCCACCUGUCACACCCAAUUUUAAGCCCGCAUUCUCCCCAUACCAGCCGCCCAUGCCACCUGUUUACCCCUCUGCCGAGCCACAGUUUCACCCCUCGGAUUACAGACACCCCCCACCUCAAGCCCCGCCCCCAACUACACCUGAAUUUCACCCGGAACCGCCUCCUAUGCCCGAGGAAGCACGACCUGCCACGCCAACAUGCCCUUCCCCUUCCCCGGGCACACCCACCCUGGAGGCAGAGCGGCACAGUCUGGACUCGCGUAUUGAGAUGUUGUUGAAGGAAAAACGUACAAAGUUGCCUUUCCUGAGUGAAGGCGGAGACUCGGAUGGAGAGGUGCGCAUGGAGGGCAGUCCCAUCUCCUCCUCCUCCUCUCAGCUAUCUCCUAUCCCACCUUCCUCUGCCGCUGUACGCACACCCCGUCCACCAAGCACUGGCCUCGAGGAUAUCAGCCCCACCCCACUGCCCGACUCCGACGAUGACGAGCCCAUCCCAGGAACUGCUUCCGCCGUGCUCCAACCACAGAGCGCCUCGCCAUCAAAUACGCACAAUGUGGGUGGGCCACAUACCCCAACUGACAAAGUGGAUACGGGUAACCAAUCGUCAGGGGAGGAUAUGGAAAUCUCUGAUGAUGAGAUGCCAGGCACGCCCCUCUCCAGCGACUGCACUAAGGCCAUUGUAGUGAACUCGGCCGUGUCUCCGAUAACCCCUCAGUCUAUGCCGCUCCCACCGCCUGGCUUCCCCCCUCUACCUCCUCCCCAGCCUGCGUACCCCAUGCACCCUGCUCACUUGCCCCACCAUCUCGCUGCCCCACCACCAAUGUUGCCCCCAAUGCACCCGUACCCACCGGGCAUGAUGACCAUGAUGCCCGUGGACCUGAUGAGCUGUUUGCCGCAGUGGGGCAUGGGGCACAUGUCAUUCCAAAUGCAGACGCAGAUGCUGAGCCGCAUGGCCCAAAACCAGCGUACCUUCACUUACCAGCAGUUUCUAGGUGGAACGACAGCAGCAAGCGCAGGUGCCAUGCAAUUUGCUGGUUCCUACCCACCCUUGUCCAUGGUAAGCACUCCCGGGGGUGGACACGGGCAGCCCUGGCCUUUACCCAGCAUACCCAAGUUUAACCCGUCAGUGCCACCACCGGGUUACGAGCCAAAGAAAGAAGACCCGCACAAAGCCACGGUGGACGGUGUGCUAACGGUUAUCGUCAAAGAGCUGAAGGCCAUCAUGAAGAGAGACCUCAACCGCAAGAUGGUGGAAGUAGUGGCUUUCAGGGCUUUCGAUGAAUGGUGGGAGAGGAAGGAGCGCUCUGCCAAGGCAACAUCUACCCCAGUGAAGACAGGUGAGGGUAAAGAGGACGAUAAGGAGCGAGUGAAACCGAAAGAGACGCUGUCAGCCAGUCUUCUGGAGACGUGGGGUAAAGGCGAUGGACUUGGGUUUGAGAGCAUGGGUCUGGGAAUCGGCUUGCGAGGUGCGAUCCGCCUUCCGUCCUUCAAGGUGAAGAGGAAAGAGCCUCCAGACCCGGUCUCUACAGGAGAGAGUAAGAGAGCUCGGCCAUCCACGCCUGUAGACGACGAGCUGGAGGAUGAAGAGUCAGAAAGAGCAGACGCCCCGUCAGACGGCACCCGGGUAGACGAUACAUCGUCCACCAAGCGGAGGCACGCCCGUCCAGUGGAGCUGGACAGUGAAGGUGAGGAGGAAGAGGAUGAGGAAGAGGACGAAGAAGAGGAGGAGACUGGCAGGGAGGAGUCGUCCGUGUCCGAGCGAGAGGAUGAGGCUAAUGUAGAGGUCUCGGAGAGACUGCCCUCUAGCAAGGAGACAGAAAAGGAAGACGAUGAAGACAGGAGCGAGUCCGAGAGUGAGAGCAGUUCUUCGGACUCGUCUGAUGAAGAACCCUCCAGCUCGUCGUCCCAGUCCGACUCGGACUCUUCUGAGAGUGACAGUUCGUCUGACUACGAUUCCAGCUCAGAUGAGGAAGAGGAGGAGAAGGAGGAGGGGAAAAAAGCACACGAGGUCACCAUGGACACAGAAGAUGAAGAUAAGGAAAUAGUAUCAUCGUCGUCUUUAUCAUCCUCACAGUCGUCAUCCUCUGAGGAAGAGGAGGAGAUGGAGAAGGCUCCCAGCACACCUGGAGCUCCUGUGGAAGAGGAGAGUGCGGUGGCACUGCCCGAGUUGGAGGAGGCGGUGGGUGGCGUCACUGCCGCUCAGGACGAUCUGCGACAGCUGUCACCUAAAGAAAUCAAAGCAGAAGAGUCAGACGGUGAUCUGGAGGUAAGAAAGACAGAAGGCCAUCUGGAGGGCGUGAGGACGCAGAGGCCUCCGACCCCACCGCGUACAGAGGAAGAGGAAGUGCCUCGAACUCCAGGUCGUGAUGUCCCUACCCCUUCAGAGGCAGAGACACCCACCAUUCAUCUGCCCUUGCCUCCUGCUCAUUCUGUCCUCCCACCCCCUCGCCUUUCGAGUGACGAGGACAUUCCCCGCACACCGGGCCGUGACCUCCCUCACCGAUUAAGCAAAUCGCAGAGCAGUGAAACGGCACCUGCGACACCUACCAUACCCGCCACACCCAACACACCCGGUGAAGCCCCGCCCACAGGAAGUAGCUUGUCACUCAGUAGCCCGUUCCCUUACCCGCUGCUUAGCGCAGGCAUACCUCCCACGCCCGGUCGGGAUCUAAACUUUACCCCAGUUUUCCCAGACUCCCCUGCCUCCCUUACUCUUCAAAGGAAGUCCUCAUCUGAAAAACCACUUUUCAAAGAACCUGGCAGUGCCACUUCCUGUUCCUCCUCCCCGUUUCCUGUCGUUCCAGCCUCCUGUUUAGAUGCUGCUACCGUGCCAACCAAUCAGCACGUUCCACUCAUAGAACUUUCCGUGCCCGAAGAUCCUACUGCCGCGAAGAAGAAACCGGGCCGACCCAGAAAGCCCGCCGUUGUUGAACCUGAGGAUGCCCCAGAAGCUCCUGAGGCCACCUUGUUGCUUUCUCCAGACCUCCCUGUAAAGGACCUGUUACCUGAAUGUGAAGUAUUACCAGGAGUGCUCCGAGGGUCAGAUGCCUCCACAGCAUCGGCUCUGAAGCCGAAGGAGGAAAUGGUGGAAGUGAAACAAGAGGAAAUCAAGAGGGAAAUCAUGGAGGAGCAGACAGUUCUCUUUGAAGAGCCGCUACAGAAAACGCGAGGUCAGAGGCGGAGCUGGGAAGAGAUCCUCCUCACCAUGAAGCCACCUGUAAAGUUGCCACCGAGGCCCAGCUUCAAGCUACGGUCCGAUUUCGAGGAGAUGACCAUCCUGUAUGACAUCUGGAACGAAGGCAUUGACGAGGAGGAUGUACGCUAUCUCAAAAUCACCUACGAAAAAAUGUUGCAGCAGGAUAACGGCCACGACUGGCUGAACGACACACUCUGGGUUCCUCACCCUCCUACCAGCAGUGGUAGUCUGCCUUUGAGCAAGAAAAAGCGACGAGAGGACGGUAUGCGCGAUCAUGUGACUGGCUGCGGACGUAGCGAGGGCUACUACAAGAUUGACAAAAAGGACAAAAUGAAAUACUUGAACAGCACUCGGUUACAGUCAGACGAGCCCGAUAAAGACAUGCAGGGCCGGAUGAUCCCAGCUCAGCCCCACGCCUCGACCCGAGCAGGUUCAGAGAGACGCUCUGAACAGCGCCGUCUGCUGUCAUCAUUCAGUUGCGACAGUGACCUGCUCAAAUUCAAUCAGCUUAAGUUCCGUAAGAAGAAGAUCCGAUUCUGUAAGAGUCACAUCCACGACUGGGGUCUGUUUGCCAUGGAACCCAUCGCUGCUGACGAGAUGGUUAUCGAGUACGUCGGACAGAACAUCAGACAGGUGAUCGCGGACAUGAGGGAGAAGCGUUACGAAGAGGAAGGCAUUGGCAGCAGCUACAUGUUCCGUGUUGAUCACGACACCAUCAUUGAUGCUACAAAGUGUGGAAACUUCGCUCGCUUUAUCAACCAUAGCUGCAAUCCGAACUGCUACGCCAAGGUGAUCACGGUGGAGUCUCAGAAGAAGAUUGUAAUCUACUCUCGCCAACCGAUCAACGUCAACGAGGAGAUCACCUACGACUACAAGUUCCCCAUCGAGGACGAGAAGAUCCCUUGUCUGUGCGGAGCCGAGAACUGCAGGGGGACGCUCAAUUAACGUUACAGAGCGACAAGAAGCAGAGAGGGUGUUCGGGGGUAACACACACAAACACACACACUCACCCUCCACCCUAAACUCUGCAGUAAGAGCAGCUACGUGUGUAGGGCUUUUUAUACGAAUAAAUCCAUCCAAUGAUUGUUUACGAUUUACACACCGGUGCUCUUUAGACCACGACAUGAAUUUUCUACCACUCUUCCACCGAGAGAGAAGGACGGCCACCCCAGUCACCCUUCCUGUUCCAGCCUCUACGCACAAGCUGUUGUGUAGUAGCCGGGUCUUCGCCAAUCCACUUGCUUUUUUCCUGUCUUUACGGACUUUAUUUCUAUACUGUACGCUCAGAAGGAUCCACACAGGCACAGGCCGACUAGCCGCUACACGCACACAGAUUUAAACACACUACUCAAAACUUCAGGCUCGCUCACAAAUUCUUCUUCAAUACUUCAACAGUGUUUUAUUCUUAUUCCUUAUUAUUAUUAUUUUUUUCUUUCCAACACAUGCUUAUUUAAUGCUCUUUCAAGUCAUAAUGCUGUGUGUUUUGUAUGUUUGUGUAUGUGUGCUGCCCCCUGCUGGCUGUCUACUGUAAUUAUCAGCCUUCAGAAUUACAGCUAAAUUUUUUUAUUGGUAAAACAAUAUGGAUUGACAGAGAGAGAGAGAGAGAGAAAGACCGAGACGGUUCAAUAGACCAGCAUUUUUGUUCAGUCUGCGUAUUGCGUAUCUAACUGUAAUCUAUUGUGAUAAUAUGGCAUUAAUAGCAAUUUAAUAUAUUAUCACAAUAGCACAUUGCAGUUGGAAGAUAAAGAGCUUAUGAGGAACACCAAAAUAUUAGAUCUUAUAAGACAAAGAAGGAUGAAGUGUCUGCCAUUUUAACCGUGUUAAACAUAUCGUUGAUUUAUCGUCCAACUGAUUAUCAGUUAGUGGACCUACUACAGAACAAAAGCUGGUAUUUCUGUUGAUUGCAUCUCCUCGUUUAUUCUGUACCCACAGAGCUGCUUCCAUUACAUCCGUUCAAGCUGAAUGCUUAAUGGCUAAUUAAGUAUUAAAACACACACAAUGUAUUAAUCACACACAUAACAGCUACAAGCGUUUUUUUCAUGCUGAUCUUACCUCUAGUGCUAAUUUGCCACCACGUCGAUGCUUGAUUUCACACACUGCACAAUCGUCACCUGUAUAGUAUUGUCUUUUGAGCUGUAUUAUGCUUCCUUUCUGUAAGUGAUGCAACGUAGCAUUGUGCUAAUGAGCUAAAUGCUAAGGACAGGAAGCUUUUUAAAAUUGGUGCCAAUUUUUCUUCCUUGGGUACAUUCUAAGCAGCGCAAGCUGUUCUCCACCCUGCUGUGUUAUCUCUGUACGAAUAUAUCUAUAUAUGUGUGUGUGAGUGUGUGUGUGUGUGUGUUCUGUUUGUAACACUAGUACUUUAUUCUCUUCCAUCUCCUUCCUUUUAUGCUCCCAUUCGGGUGGGCGUGUCUCUCUCUCUCUCCCUCCGCGUUUGUCAAUAUUGUACAGACGGACCGUUUGUACGAAGGAUCGGGGACAUUGUAUCGUGAUACAGUGAGAUAUCGAGUAUCGGUGCAUCUUUUUUUUUCUUUUUUUUUUUUUUACCAGCGGAACUAAUCUGAGAUGACGAGAUAUUUUUGGGAGAGCCAAUGUGUCGUGUUCUCCCUUUAAAGAUUGUUUCUUGUAGAAACGUCUUUUUUCUGCCGCUUUCCUUCAGUGUAAAUACUCAGACUGUGAAUAUAUAAAUAAAUAAGUAUAUAUAUAGAUAAAUAUAUAUAUAUAUUUUGGAGGUGAGGGCUCGCUUGGCACCACACAGAGAGCGCGUGCAGGAUUUCAGCUUGUGUCAAGCUUUAUUUUUUAUUAUUUUUUCAGUUUGUAAAUUCUAUGAAAGCAGUUUGCCGUGUGUGAUGGAGGGAGGAUGAAAAUGCUGCAUCAAUCCCUGACUAUUUAUUACACAAAUGUAUGAAAAACAGAUAAUUUGACAAAAAAAUAAAGGAUGUUUUUUCUU